GAAACGCACAAACGCACCCAACCUCUCCAGCCCUCCCGCCUGCCUCGCUCUCCCCCCUCCCGCUCCGCGCCGCCCCGCGAGCGCCGGCGCUGCACAGAGGAACUCUCCGGAGCUGAAGGGCGAGGAGGAAGCGGCGCCGGAGCGCGCAGAGCUUGCUACUGCCGCCGCCACCGCCGCCGCUGCGCAGGCUGCCGGAGCGAGCCCGCCGCGCCAACCCUCCUUGCUCUCCUUCCCAGGCGAGCAGCGGGGAUGGGGCGGCCGCGGGAGCCCGAGCGCGCGCAGGAGCCGCCGCCGCCCGCGUCUCCGUAGCCGCGCGCCUGAGCCGCCGUCGUCACCUCGCGCCCUGCCCGGGGGCACCCCCCCAUCCCCAUGGAGGUCUCCCGAAGAAAGGCACCACCGCGCCCCCCGCGUCCCGCCGCGCCGCUGCCCCUGCUCGCCUAUCUGCUGGCUCUAGCGGCGCCCGGCCAGGGCGCGGACGAGCCUGUGUGGCGGUCCGAGCAAGCCAUCGGAGCCAUUGCGGUGAGCCGGGAGGACGGAGUGUUCGUGGCGAGCGGCAGCUGCCUGGACCAGUUGGACUACAGCCUGGAGCACAGCCUCUCGCGUCUGUACCGGGACCAAGCGGGCAACUGCACGGAGCCCAUCUCCCUGGCGCCCCCCGCGCGGCCCCGGCCCGGGAGCAGCUUCAGCAAGCUGCUGCUGCCCUACCGCGAGGGGGCGACCGGCCUCGGGGGGCUGCUGCUCACGGGCUGGACCUUCGACCGAGGCGCCUGCGAGGUGCGGCCGCUGGGCAACUUGAGCCUCAGCUUCCUGAGCAACGCCACCGAGGUGGUGUCCUGUCACCCGCAGGGCUCGACGGCCGGCGUAGUGUACCGCGCGGGCGAGGGUAAACGUUGGUACCUAGCCGUGGCCGCCACCUACGUGCUGCCAGAGACUGAGACGGCGAGCCGCUGCAACCCGGCAGCAUCCGACCACGACACUGCCAUUGCGAUCAAGCACACCGAGGGGCGCCGCAGCCUGGCCACCGAGGAGCUGGGCCGCCUCAGGCUAAGCGAAGGGGGCGUGCGUAGCCUGCACUUCGUGGAUGCCUUUCUCUGGAAUGCCAGCGUCUACUUCCCCUACUAUCCCUACAACUACACGAGCGGCGAUGCCACGGGCUGGCCCAGCAUGGCGCGCAUCGCGCAGAGCGCAGAGGUGCAGUUCCAGGGCCAGGCGGCCCUCGACUGCGGCCACGGGCACCCCCACGGCCGCCGCCUGCUCCUCUCCUCCAGCCUGGUGGAGGCCCUGGACGUCUGGGCGGGCGUGUUCAGCGCGGCCACUGGGGAGGGUCAGCAGAAGCGCUCUCCCGCCACCACGGCACUCUGCCUCUUCAGGAUGAGUGAGAUCCAGGAGCGCGCCAAGAGCUGCAAGUGGGACUUCGAGCCCAACCAGCAAAACUGCAAAGGCAACCAGCAACUUGAAAAAGUCCAGCCCAUUGCAUCGUCUACCUUGAUCCAUCCUGACCUGACAGCUGUUUAUGGCACCGUGGUAAUGAACAGAACUGUUUUAUUCCUGGGGACUGGAGAUGGCCAGUUACUUAAGGUUAUUCUUGAUGAGAAUUUGACCUCAAAUUGUCCGGAGGUUAUCUAUGAAAUUAAAGAAGAAACCCCUGUUUUUUACAAACUUGUUCCUCAUCCUAAGAAGAAUAUGUACAUCUAUGUAACAGCUGGAAAAGAGGUGAGGAGAAUUGGAGUUGCAAACUGUAAUAAACAUAAAUCCUGUUCGGAGUGCUUAACAGCAGCAGACCCUCACUGCGGUUGGUGCCAUUCUCUACAAAGGUGUACUUUUAAAGAUGAUUGUGUACGUUCAGAGAACUCAGAAAACUGGCUGGAUAUUUCAUCAGGACCUAAAAGGUGCCCUCAAAUUCACAUAUCUCGAAGAGGUAAAGACAAGGCUAUGGUGACUUUGGUGGGAAGCGUCCCUCCCAGACGCUCGGGCUGCGUGGUGAGGAACGCAGACACCGGCAGGGAGCUCUGCAAGGGUGAGGGCCGGCCGAAUGAGACCUGCACCUGCAACAUCCCGACCACAGCACCCUACAAAGAUGUUUUAGUUGUCAACGUGACAUUCUCCUUCGGUUCUUGGCAUUUAUCAAAAAGAUUCAACUUUACCAACUGCUCGUCAUUAAGAGAGUGCCCAGUGUGUGUUGGAGCAGGCUGUGCUUGGUGUAGGAAUGGGAGGUGUGUCCACCCGUUCACAGCGUGCGGCCCUUCCGACUCCUACAGAAACCAGGAACCUUGCCAGGCUGUGGUGGAGAGGCGGGCGCCAGCCCAAACGCCAGGAGGCAGAGGGUUUGCGAAGAGUAACAGAACCCACCCCGGCUCGCAGGUCUUCUACGUCAAGUCCAUUGAGCCACAGAAAAUAUCAACCUUAGGGAAAAGAAACGUGGUGGUCACGGGAGCAAACUUCACCCAGGCGUCACACGGCAUCGUGAUGGUCCUGAAAGGAACCAGCACCUGUGACCAGGACGUGAUACAGGUUAGCCAAGUGCUAAACGACACCCACAUGAAAUUCUCUCUGCCAUCAAGCCGAAAAGAAAUGAAGGACGUGUGUAUCCAGUUCGAUGGUGGGGCCUGUUCUUCUGUGGGGUCCUUGUCCUACAUUGCUCUGCCACACUGCUCCCUCCUCUAUCCUGCUACCACCUGGAUCAGUGGUGGUCAGAAUAUAACCAUCAUGGGCCGAAAUUUUGAUGUAAUUGACAACUUAAUCAUUUCCCAUGAGUUAAAAGGAAACAUAAAUGUCUCUGAAGAUUGUAUGGCAACUUACUGCAGUUUCUCAGCCCCCAGUUUAAAGAGUUCAAAAGUGCGUACAAAUGUCACUGUGAAGCUGAGAGUUCAGGAGACCUACUUGGAUUGUGGAAGCUUGCAGUAUCUUGAGGACCCCAGAUUUACAGGAUAUCGAGUUGACCCCGAGGUGGACACAGAACUGGAAGUAAAAAUUCUGAAAGAAAAUGAUAACUUCAACAUUUCUGAGAAAGACAUUGAAAUUACACUCUUCCAUGGGGAAAAUAAGCAAUUAAAUUGCAGCUUUGAGAAUAUUACUAGAAAUCAAGAUCUCACCACCAUCCUCUGCAAGAUUAAAGGCAUCAGAACUGCAAACAGCAUCGCCUCCUCUUCCAAGAAAGUUCACGUCAAACUGGGCAACCUGGAGCUCUAUGUUGAGCAGGAAUCAGUCGCUUCCCCUUGGUAUUUUCUGAUUGGGCUUCCCGUCUUGCUCGUGAUUGUCAUUUUUGUGGCUGUGGGGGUGACCAGACACAAAUCCAAGGAGCUCAGUCGCAAGCAGAGCCAACAGCUGGAGCUCCUGGAGAGCGAGCUCCGGAAAGAGAUCCGUGAUGGCUUUGCCGAGCUGCAGAUGGAUAAAUUGGAUGUGGUUGAUAGUUUUGGAACUGUUCCCUUCCUUGACUACAAACAUUUUGCUCUGAGAACUUUCUUCCCCGAGUCAGGUGGCUUCACACACAUCUUCACCGAAGAUAUGCAUAACAGAGAUGCCAGCGAUAAGAACGAGAGUCUCACAGCUUUGGACACCCUAAUUUGUAACAAAAGUUUCCUUGUUACAGUCAUCCACACCCUGGAAAAGCAGAAGAACUUUUCAGUGAAGGACAGGUGUCUGUUUGCCUCCUUCUUAACCAUCGCACUGCAAACCAAGCUGGUCUAUCUGACCAGCAUCCUGGAGGUGCUGACCAGGGACUUGAUGGAGCAGUCCAGUAACAUGCAGCCUAAACUCAUGCUAAGACGCACUGAGUCCGUGGUUGAAAAACUCCUUACAAACUGGAUGUCUGUCUGCCUUUCCGGUUUUCUGCGGGAGACCGUUGGAGAGCCAUUCUAUUUGUUGGUGACCACUUUGAACCAGAAAAUAAACAAGGGUCCUGUAGAUGUAAUCACGUGCAAAGCCCUGUACACCCUUAACGAAGACUGGCUGCUGUGGCAGGUCCCGGACUUCAGUACCGUGGCAUUAAACGUCAUCUUUGAAAAAAUCCCAGAAAACGACAGUGCAGAUGUCUGUCGGAAUAUUUCAGUCAAUGUUCUUGAUUGUGAUACUAUAGGCCAAGCCAAAGAAAAGAUUUUCCAAGCAUUCCUCAGCAAAAAUGGCUCUCCUUAUGGACUUCAGCUGAAUGAAAUUUGUCUUGAGCUUCAGGUGGGCACACGGCAGAAGGAACUCCUGGAUAUUGACAGCUCCUCUGUGAUUCUCGAAGACGGCAUAACCAAGCUUAACACCAUCGGCCACUAUGAGAUAUCAAAUGGAUCCACUAUAAAAGUCUUUAAGAAGAUAGCAAAUUUCACUUCAGAUGUGGAGUACUCCGACGACCACUGCCAUUUGAUUUUACCAGAUUCGGAAGCAUUCCAAGAUGUGCAAGGCAAGAGACAUCGGGGGAAGCACAAGUUCAAAGUAAAAGAAAUGUAUCUGACAAAGCUGCUGUCAACCAAGGUGGCAAUUCAUUCUGUGCUGGAAAAACUUUUUAGAAGCAUUUGGAGUUUACCCAACAGCAGGGCCCCAUUUGCCAUAAAGUACUUUUUUGACUUUUUGGAUGCCCAGGCCGAAAACAAAAAAAUCACAGAUCCUGAUGUCGUACACAUUUGGAAAACGAACAGCCUUCCUCUUCGCUUCUGGGUAAACAUCCUGAAGAACCCACAGUUUGUCUUCGACAUUAAGAAGACGCCGCACAUCGAUGGCUGUUUAUCAGUGAUCGCCCAGGCGUUCAUGGACGCGUUUUCUCUCACGGAGCAGCAGCUGGGGAAGGAAGCACCAACUAAUAAACUUCUCUAUGCCAAGGAUAUCCCAACCUACAAAGAGGAAGUGAAAUCUUAUUACAAAGCAAUCAGGGAUUUGCCUCCAUUGUCAUCUUCAGAAAUGGAAGAAUUCUUAACUCAGGAAUCUAAGAAACAUGAAAAUGAAUUUAAUGAAGAAGUGGCCUUGACAGAAAUCUACAAAUACAUCGUAAAAUAUUUUGAUGAGAUUCUAAAUAAACUAGAAAGAGAACGAGGGCUGGAAGAAGCUCAGAAACAACUCUUGCAUGUAAGAGUCUUAUUUGACGAAAAGAAGAAAUGCAAGUGGAUGUGAGCACUCUGGGGCCUGGCUUAAUCUGGCAAAGUUCUUCAGACGACUUGAGAGCAAAAUGGCUGCUCGAGCUACUCUGCACCGUUAAUUUUUAAAGUUUGCACAUAGGUUCCACUUUGAGCACUGUCUGUAAGAGACCAAGGCACAUGCACAGCUUACUACUGUGCCUGUGUGUAUAGUGUGGGAACCCUUUUGUAAAUAGAGUUGAAGUGGUUGUUGCAGACAGCCUCCUUGUUUACAGAGAAUACAGGGCCAGUAAGCAAGUGUCGGUAUUGUAACUACAGUCUCCACUUAAGCACAAUGAUGUAAGUGGUUUUGUUUGAAAACUACAGCUAGGUAGCACUUGUGACUACACCGCACCUCUGCAGAAAAGGGACGCUGCCAGUGACGAAACAAAAUGUGAAGCGAGUCAUUUGGAAACAAGGCGGAGGUGUUAGGGCAACCUUGAGGAUUUGCAGCAGCAAAACGUUCCAUAGUAGUUCUUGGAAAAGUCGACAGCAGAAUUUGGUAGUGUGUACACUUAGCAUUUGUGAGUGUGUGUAUGUGUUUUUAAACCAAAAACUAACAGUGUUGCAACAUUGUUGAAAGGGCUCGUGUUUUUCAGUGGUCGCCAACUGCACUCCAUCACUCACCUCCAUUUCACUAGCGGGCUCUAAAGCAAGGAGAGUGAGUAGGCUUUAUUUAAAUGCACAAUGUUUGAUCCAGACACUUUGUCUUAGGGUUAUGUUCCUUCCUUUCACUUUACUUUUUCAAACUGAUUGCAUUUGAUAAUGGACAUGAUGGGUGUUAAAAAAAAUCUUGAGUUCAUUUCUGUCUAAAAACUUUGAUCAGACUUGUGGAGCAGUAACUCACUCCCCUAAUCCUACAUUUCUAUCCUGGAGUCUUCUUGCUUUAGAGUUCUGGUGAAUCAAUCCUGUGGUUAUAAAUACUUGUGUGUGAUUAAAAAAAAGAUACAUUUUACAUUUCAUGAAAUUGCUGUUCACACUGGAGUAUUAUAUAUGAAUAUAUAUAUUUGAGGCCCAAGGCCUGAAAAAUAUUAGUAUAAAACUUGGUAUCUUAGUCUUACUCUGUACUUUUUGAAAGUAUUCCUCACAAGGAAAAUUAAAAAUACUCAUCUUAUUCAUGCCUUUUUUUUUAAAAGAAUUUCUUAUACAGUAGUCUUUUUAUUGCUGGUUUUUUUAUUCCUGAAAUUUUGCUGCUCAUGACCAAUUUUAAUACCACUGUGGUUUCCUUCUAGUCAAUCAGAAGUCAAAAGCAUACUUAGCAACUGUCAAACUUUCCUUGUGGCACCUUUUGUUCUUGGUGCUCCCAAUCCCAGUUUGAGGAAAGUCAUUUUUUUCAAGUAGCAAAUAAAACAUUGAUCACACGUUCCUUAAAAUAACUUACCAACACUGUACGGGAUAUCAGGAUUUAAACGUGAAUUUGUCUUGGAUAAAUGCAAUUUCUUUUGCUCCUCGGUAUCUGGUAAGAAGUGAGAGGUGACACCUCAACCAACCGAACAGAGAAAAAAAGCAGUUAUGCCCUUACAGGUACCUUCCCGAUCCCAUCGCUUUCGACCAAUGGACACACCUCAAAAAUACUACCAAAUAGGUGACUUACGAGUAAGUGUUAGGGUGAGAGGUCUGGCCCCCACCCAAGGCUGCUGCAGUCUUGAUGUGAAGGUGUGCAGAAGAGAACAAACCGUAGGAGAGUUGAGAGCCAACGGUAGGAGAGUUGCCCAAAAGACUUCCCCUUCUUUAGGGUACAGAAAUGUUAGGAAAACUUGAAGGAAGAGCUACAGCUUUCUCUGAGUAUUUUGUAAAAGCUCCAUGAGGGUGUCCCCGUCCAGCUCUGUGGCACAUGAGUCCUGUGUGGAGACUUACCUCCUCUUCCAGGGACUGUGCUGCUGGGAACUUUGGGCAAGUCACUUACCUCUUUGUGCCUCAAUUUCUGUGUAAUAUUUCUUUUUAGCCUACCUCACUGAGGUGGUGUGAAGAAUCACUAAUAUAUGUAGCGUGUUUGUCAAUCCUCCAGUGAAAAGCACUAUCUAGAUCACAUUUUGGAUCCCAUUAGUCAAACGCAGUAAAUGGCCAAAUUCGAUGUGUGCCGAAGACAAUCAGUCACUGGGUCCAUAUUAAAUAGCAACCAGAGAAACAAAUGGCAAACAAUUUAGAGUUUCAAGUUUCUUUGCAUAUUUUUUGGUGCAAAACCAUUUAUAAACUUUUUUUUCCCUAACACUAGUGUCUACAGCAGCAUUUAAAAAUUCUGUUAACUUUUCUGUAUUAGAGAUUUAAAGUCUAUUUCUUAUUGUAUACCUGAUUGAAGCUGUUCUUGGAGAUGAAUGUUUUAAAUGUCUAUAUCCAAAAAAU